AUGGCCAAAAGGUACAGUCUUGAGGAGACCCUGGAUUUCAUACUGGAUCAAAGUGACAGUGAAGAAGGCCCGGAGAACACUGAACCAGAUAGUCCUGAGGAUUUUACUACUGACACAGAAGAUGAAAUUUCCAUUCCCAUCUCAGCGAACUUCCCAGAGUCGGUUGUGGACAAUCUCCCUGCUGACAUUAGCACAGGAAUCUAUUACGGAUGGGCACGCGUGGAUAACGGAGACAUUCACAAGAUGGUGAUGAGCAUCGGCUGGAACCCUUACUACAAAAACACUAAGAAAUCCAUGGAAACGCAUGUGAUCCACACUUUUAAGGAAGAUUUCUACGGUCGGAUAUUGAGUGUGGCCAUGGUCGGCUACAUUCGCCCUGAGAGAGGAUUCAAAUCACUUGACGAGUUGAUAGCAGCGAUUCAUAGUGACAUUGAGGAGGUGAAGAUAAAGCUGGACCUGCCUGAGCACUUAAAACUGAAAGAGCAACAUUUCUUGAAGACGCCAGUAUCGACAACAGCCAAUCAGAUCUUGAACGGUCAUCGACUGUAACAUUCACUUUCACCAUCACCUAUUUAAAGCCUGUUUAUUACAUAUGCAGUUUGUUGUUUUCUUUAUGUUAAAAAGAUUUCUGUCUCCAUGUGGUGCUUUGGUCAAGUGCAGGCACUAUAUGUAUUUGUUCAUACGGUAUCAUCACGUAGCCCUUUUGUUUCUAUAUUUAUCGCAAAAAGGAGGAUUCAGGUUACUUACUGGUGAAUGAUCACUGCAGUUCACAGGGUAAACAACACAGAGCCCUAACCAGAAUUCAGUGAUUGCCACGGAUGAUACUAUGUGAAAGUCAGAGAGUGUCAAAAUCUCUUCUUUCUGGUAAAAUUCCUCUUUAGAUGGAGAGUUCUUCCUCCACCUUCACUUUAAUUUCAUUUUUGUUUAAGGAAGACUGUCUUUACAUGAAUAAAACAAAAUGCAAACACUUGCUACUGUGUACACAUGUAUUACUAAACCUUAACCUAAAAUAACAUUUUUUCCCCCUUUCUUUUACUCUGAAA